AUGAUGCAAAUGAUGUCCUUGCAUGUAUACGACCGAACUUUUCCAGUGAAAUUUCCUUCCAAUCUACGACUUUCGCCCCUUCUUACUGGCGAGGCCCUCCGCCGGGUGGCAUGGAGCACAUUCUAUGCCGACACAAUGCUCGAAGCCGGCCGCUACGGGUUCCACGUUGUGGACGAAAAGUCCUAUCGUGUUCAACUUCCUUGUGACCAGACCAGCUUUCUAAGCAAUCAGGCAAUUGUGACAGAGCCGCUAUUCCACAACUCUAACGUGGCUGCACAUACCAACUCUGACGACUUUCAGCGAGCACCUCUUGAUAUGUCAGGACAUCUUCUUCGGACAGCAGCAAUGCGCCGUCGUGCUUUGCAUUUUGCUUUCCGUGCCUCGCACCGGGAGCAGACGGUUGAAGAAAUGAUGUCUGAGCUUUCUACAAUUGAGGCUGAGAUCGAAGAAUUUGUCAGGGCCUUGCCCAAAAAUUUCCAAUUCAACACAGACAACAUAUUUAUCCACCGCGAUCAACUAAUCACCUUUAUUCUCUUGCAUGUUGUUCGUCAUAACCUUUUCAUCAUCAUUGGAAGAGCUGCACUGCACAUCUACCAGCGCGACCCAACUAAAGCAAACCUUAUGACUCAAGUCCGAAGGAAAAGGAUCUCGCAUGCUCUCCCUAUCGCCGCGGUAAUCUCAGAAGGUCUAAAGUCAGGCAUUCCUUUUGAUACACAUAUCGGGGUACAUGCAUACGUUGCCCUAGAGAGUAAGAAUCUCCCAUGUAUUUUGCAAAACCUGCUAACCUAA